AUGGCCUACCAACAACCACCCUACAAAUUCGAACGUCUCGACAAAGACAAAGCCAUCCUCCUGAUCGUCGACCAUCAACUGGGCCUUCUUCAACUCGUCAAGGACUACACUACUGCCGAAUUCCGCAAUAAUGUUCUCGCCCACGCCGAACUAGGCAAGCUCUUCGGCCUGCCAACCAUCCUGACCACCUCGGCCGAGACUGGUCCCAAUGGACCCCUGCCCAAGGAAAUUAUCGACAUGUACCCGGACGCGCCUUUUAUCAGGAGAAACGGCGAGGUCAACGCUUGGGAUAAUCCGGAUUUCCGCAAGGCCGUGGAAGCUACGGGACGCAAGCAGGUCAUCUUGGGGGGCAUCGUCACCGAGGUGUGCACCAUGUUUCUGGCGCUGAGCUUGAGAGAGGCCGGGUAUUCGGUGUGGGCGAAUACUGAGGCCAGCGGGACCGCGACUCCCAAACUGGCCGAGGAUGCGAAUCGGAGGAUGGAGAAUGCUGGCGUGCACUUGACUGGCAUGUUCGGCAUCUCGAUGUUCUUGAUGAAAGACUGGAGAAACACGCCUGGCACGGCCGAGGUGCUUCCGUUCUUGGACAAGUACUUCCCCGCCUAUGGCAUCGUCGCCCGGAGUCACGGUUCCGCAAAGAAAUUCGGAGACAUCGUCCCUGGAGAAGACCAGCUGCUGUGA